AUGGGCAAAUUCGAGAAACUCAAGUUCAAGCUUCGCAAGCUUCGCAAGCUCAAAGCGAAGUUUAAGGUCCGCCGCCUGUUGGCGAAGAAUGCCAAGGAGGACAGCAAGCACGAGACACUCAGGCUUGUCAGUCUCGAACGAGUAAGAUUCAUGGACCUCGUGGGCUCUCAUCGCAUCGAGGUUGGUGAUACUCCAACACCGUCCAUUGUCGAUCUCGGUAAUUUUAUCACCGAGCUCACCCAAAAGGGGGUGAGAUUCUACGGCGGUCGGAACCUGGAGACCUCUGGAGAGCGCGUGUACGUCGUCUUCGAAGACCUACGUGAUGCCGCCUGGGCCCUGGUUGCGUUGGAGUCACAGCUCGUCCGAUUGUGCGAGAUCUGCACUGUAUGUCUUGGUGUGAACGGGGUUCACGUCAAUGCAUACAGUGUCGAACUUGCACACUCGUUCGAGCUGCGACUCCAACGCAACCAGGACGCAGAUGGCCUACGCACACUUGACACACACACACACACACACUCUUUCUCUCUCUCUCUCUCUCUCUCUCUCUCUCUCUCUCUCUCACAAUCAUGGGGACGCCUGGGAGGAUUCGCUUGGACUUGGACUUGGACAGGAUACUUGGACACCAUACACAGCUCAAUCAAACACUUGAAACCCAUCUUGACUUCUAUCUUGAUACUCAUAAACUUGUGCACUUAG